AUGGUGGCAAAUGGAUUUAUUACCAUCUUUAACUGCAUUGACUGGUUUAGAAGCAGAAAACUAACACCAGGAGACAUGAUCCUGAGUUGUCUUGGCUUGUUCAGAUUUGCAUUUCAUGCAGUACUGAUGCUAUUUGCAAUGUUUGAUCUCUUUUUCAUGGACACUCUUAAAUCAAGCCAUAUAUUACAAGCUGCAUUGUCUGUCUCAUGGGUAUUUUCUAAUACUACUAAUCUUUGGUUUGCCACUUGGCUCAGUGUUCUGUAUUGUGUAAAAAUCGCUACCUUCACUCACCCUCUCUUCCUCCAAAUGAAGCGGAGAUUCCCUGAACUGGUGCCACGGCUGCUUCUGGGGACAGUGGUCUUCACUUCAGUCCUCACCGUUGUCACCAACACAAGCGACAGAAUAAUGCAUACUUGCAAUCUAUAUCAAUUAUUUCCAAGCAACAGCAGUGACUUGGAAAUUAAAAUGCCUGACUCCUGUAAAUAUAUAUUCUUCCUAUAUGCUAUUCCGAAUUAUUUCCCCUUCAUGAUAUUUUUGGCCUCAUCUAUCUUAUUACUAACCUCUCUGUGGAGGCAUAAAAAUCUUCUACAAAACAGCACAAUCGGCACAAGCGAUCUCAACACAGAAGCUCACUUGAAUGCCAUCAAAGCUCUGGCUUCUUUCUCAAUUCUCUUCGUAUCUAGUUUUCUAGCAGAAAUCUUGGAGGCAAUCAUGCGAGGGACAGAAAGUAACACUUGGACAUCCAUAAUAAGUUUCUGUGUGGUUGCUGCAUAUUCCUCUGGUCAUGCUAUCAUUUUGAUCUUAAUUAAUCCCAAACUGAAGCAGGAAUCAAUUAGGCUACUACAUCAACUAAAAUGUUGA